UCCUCCAUCCCCUGGCUGCCGACCGCAGGGAUGUUCCCGGCUCAGGAGGAGGCUGACAGGACCGUGUUUGUGGGCAAUUUAGAGGCCCGAGUACGGGAAGAGAUUCUUUACGAGCUGUUCCUUCAGGCUGGACCAUUAACCAAAGUAACUCUUUGCAAAGACAGAGAUGGGAAGCCAAAGUCCUUUGGCUUCGUCUGCUUCAAACAUCCUGAAUCUGUGUCUUAUGCCAUAGCUUUGCUGAAUGGAAUUCGUUUGUAUGGAAGGCCAAUUAAUGUGCAAUAUCGAUUUGGCAGUUCUCGCUCUUCUGAACCAGCUAGCCAAAGUUUUGAGAGCUGUGUUAAGAUAAAUUCACACAGCUUCAGAAAUGAAGAAAUGGUGGGCAGAUCUUCAUUUCCCACGCAGUUUUUCCCAAUUGCAAACGCUGCUUUACCUCAAGAAUAUUUUUUCAUUCAGAAAAUGCCCUGGCACACACACAGUCCAAUGAUGCAGCCUCCUUUCUACGACAUGACAGCUUCACUUCCCAGCAAUACAUCUGGGUCCUGCUCCUUAAACUACACCACAGACCUCGAGGCUGGACCCUGCUCCUAUGAAUGGACUCACCAACAGCCAAGUGAGCCUGACCUUUAUCAUAGGGGCCAACGAAAGAGGCAAAGGCAAGCCAGUGACUCUGGCAGUAGUUCAGAAGACCAGAGAGGGAAUGAAGGUGGCCAAAAAUGCCGGAAAUGCAAGAGGAAGAAGAAAUACUAGUGAAGAGUAUCUGUGCUGCUCUCUCUAUCAAAAUAAACAAAGAAAAAAGAAAAAGAAAAAAAUGUCGGUUGUACCAAAUGACCCAUUUCUUGGCCACCUUGUCUUAAAAAAAAAAUGAAAAUAUGACUCUGUGAUUUGCUAUUCAGUUUUUGCCAUGAAUGAUAAAAGCUUUCAACAGUAAUAUAAUGUACUACUUUUGUAUUUGCAAGGUUAUUUCUUGUCCAUUGUCAGGAAGAAUACACUUUACAUCAUCUUAUUUUUAGAACUGAGGAUGAAAUUUCACUAAACUCUAAAGCCACUCGCUAAACCCUUGAGGGUUAAGUGCUGUGCUCUCCCUAGAAUCUCACCUGAGGCUUUCAACCACAAGUGGGCUGGCCUCAGAUGCAUCUGUAGGUUGCUGGGGAAACAGUGGUAAUAUUUGAAAACAGCAUGUUCUAAUGACUAUGUAGUAAGGAGGCAUCAGUUCCCUUGUAACUGACACUUUACCCUUUAUGUCUAAACACGGUAUCUCUGAGCAUCACUAGCAGACUGAUUUCAUAUGAUCGUGUCCAUGACAUCCAAAGAAAGAUUACUGCCAUAUGCUCAGUGUCAUUUGCUUAAAGGGGCUGCUAUAGGAUUAGUUGCUUUUUUCAUGGUUUUAUUGGACAUAAAUAUCUCUUUACAUCUCAUCUCUUGUUUGUAGUGGAAAAAUCAGUUGAUGGUGUCAGCAUCCACUGUCUACUCCUGCCAGCAAGGGUGGAAAGUAGAGAGCAAAUGUGUGAAUCGUCAUGAACUGCAUAGAUAGAAUGAUGUUGUAUCAUCAUGUAUUUAAUGCCUACUUCCAGGUCUAUAUUUAUAAUUCACGCAUUUUAGGAGAUAAACGGAGUACAUGUAAAAUGAAUGGUGUAUAUCAAUUUGAUUCAGCAUAAACCAAAACUAAGAAAAUUAUGUGUUUGUUAAAACUAAUUGAAAGCAUCAGGCAAACCCACUUAGAUUCAUCUGCUCAGCUCAAAGGGAAAAACCACACACGGGUGUUACUUUUGAAUGUUGCUUACUGUUUCAUAAGCAUUAUUUAUUCAAAGAAUAAAAAUAUGUUUAACGAGAAAAAUAACUGAGUUUCACUCUCGGUAAUAAUAAGUAUACAAGAUAUAGCAGUUAUAACAAAUCCAAGCUUAUGUCCAUCUGAUCAAUAUGCAAACCUAAAUUCCGCUGCAUUGAACUUCAACUCAUUUUUACAUUCUUCAACAGUUAAAUGCAAAAGCAUUAUUUUUAAAUUCAUAUUUUGACAAUUUGGGAUCAUGGCCAAAAUAAAAUUUAUUCUUUCAAAAUUAGAUAGUAACAUUUUAAAACUCAUUAACUUUGUCUUCAAGUUUCCUCUAGAUACAUAAUUUAUCAUGGACAUAAAUGAGAUCACUGAGAUCAGCAUAGUAGCAGAGCUAUGUAUAAAAAAAAAAAGAAACCUUAGCAAUGAAUAUUGACCUGCAUAAGCAAGUCAGGUUGAAGCAGUGUAUGAUCUAGCAUGUUACAACUGGGAAAUGUCUUUGUAACUCUUUCAUCAGAGACAGAAAAUUAACUCAGUAUCAGUUCUCAGCUAGUUGGCCAUUCAGCUAAAUAGAACACUAGAAAAGUCACUUUCACCAUGGUGUCUUUGUUAAAGAUUCUAAAACUUCCCUUAAAGUGCUUCUGUUUACUACAACCCCAAGAUUUUAAGUUUUCGCUUUUCCAAAUGUUAUGUACGUGGGUGAAGAACUAUUAGUAUAAUUGGCUUCACAGGGUUUUCUUUUUUAAUUUUAAUUCUCCAAUCUCAGAAUCUACUUCAAAUGUUAGCAGAAAUUAAAAGCCUAAAAAUGAUACUAGACACUUUACAUAUUCUCAAUUCAAUAAUUUAUUUAAUUAAUUUUUAAUAUACCAGGCACUGACAUAAUGAGCAAAAGUGUCACUAGAAAUUAGUGGCAAACACACCCUCAAGUUUGCACAAAAGACACACACUGAGCUACAGUUAGUUGCUUAGAUAAAGGACACAUACAAAAUCUCAUCAUUAAAUGCAAUUAUAUGCAGUAUUUUCUGUGACAUUACAAAGUGCCGUUGCAAUUAAUAUUUGUUAUUGUCAAUGACUUAAAAAUACUGAAAAUUGUUACAUAUUGUUUAGUACUGUUCGAGCUAAAAAUAUUAUGUGCAAAAACUUUCUCAGUUUCUUUAUUGCAUGGUUAAAGAUUUCUCUCUUGACAAUAUUCCCAACAUUGUAUCUAGAUGUCCCCCUUUACCUAUUAAACAUACUCACUAGGGUAUCUCAUUGGCAAUUUAACCUUUCUACUCUUCUUUCUAGUCUAAAUUUUCCCCAAAUAUUUCUUCUUUGCUCAGUUUUGGCUAACAUUCUGCUGCUGAUCAGUUUUUCAAAAUUUUCAAUAGUCAUCUUGCGUCAGUGACUUACUUCAGUCCCCAGUCAUGCCUCAUUACACUGAAAUAUUUUUGAUGCCAAGCACUUGUCAAAAUGAAAAUAGGCUCUUGUAGUUUCACGUGAGCAUAAAAAGUAAAAAUAACACAAUUUAUUCAGUGUAAUGUCUAUUUAAAUAUGUUAAGUUUAAACAUACUCCUUGGGGUGGACAUUUCAGUGAGAUGUGGUUUAAGUAACUGCUACUCAGGCGAUUUGGUUGCCUGGUUCCCAUUCUUUUCAGUCCUUAGGAAGAGAAAAACCAGAGGACUACUGUAUAGUCCCCAGAUAGAUUCGGCAGAGCACAAUUUUCAAUUCAAUGGCAGCUGCCCCCGGCUUUUUCAGUGUCUACAGUCUGCCUCUGCUUCUAUACAUGUAAGUAAAACAUCAGAUAUGAGAGUCUUGUUCAUUUAUUUAUUGCAUAUUUAAAAGGACAAUUGGUAACCUGAGUUUUAUUGUGGUAAAAAUGAUUCCUCAAAAUCAAACUAUUUUUAGAAAUUAUAUCCCAACACAGAUAGCUCAAAGAAAAUCCUUUUAAAGUGUUUUUCAUUGGUUUUAAAUUUUUCCCACAUACACAAUUAAAUAUUAUCCUGUCUUUUCCCUCCAUUCCCCGAUCCUUACUUAGGAAACUUAAAAAAAUACUGUUCUUUGAAUAAAAUUAAUGAGA